GGAGGGGGCGGUGCGAGCGGUGUCGGUUGGGCGCGCGGCGAGCAGGGCSGCUCGGUGCUCCUGUCAUGGCGCUCCCUUCGCUGCAGCCCCUGGAGGCGCUCAAAUACGCCGAACUCCAGCGCAUUGCCAAGGCCGCCGGGCUGAGGGCGAACCUGCGGGCAGACAAAUUACUGGAAUCAUUGAAGCAACACUUUGAAGGGACAAAAGAAGAAAGUGAAACUAUGGAUCCUGUAAAGAGUGCAUCUGCUUCCAUUAGAUUGGAUGAACUGAGCAAUCAGGAGGAAAUUAUGUCUGAUUCAGUGUGUAUUAUUACAAAAAGAUGUGGUAAAGAAAAGAAAAUAACCAGAAAAAAAAGGAAGUCCCAUGAGGAAACUAAUACCAGUGAAGAAAACCCAGUGCUUUCUGAUGAGAAAGAGGUGCAUUCUGAGAUGAAAGAAAAUGAAGUGCCACAGGGUGAGUACAAAAAGGGACAGAAGGUAUUCCAAAACAAGAAGCAAGUAACUGAAGAGAGAGCUAUUGAGGAUCCAGAGAUGGGUACGGGACAGAAGGAAAAAGCAAACAUGACUUCUACUAAAAGCAGGGGAGAUCAGUGUGAUGCUCAUCCUGCAGGAGGGAAGAUCACUUUACGUGUAGGCCGUGCAUCUAGGUCUGCAAGAACAGGAAUGGCAGCUACUACACCAAACUUUAAAAAGUUGCAUGAGGCUCAGUUCAAGAAAAUGGAAUCUAUUGCUGACUACAUUGAGAGGAAAAGAAAACUGAAUGAAAAUUGCAGCGGUUCUCUCAGUGCAGGCAAGGUGCUGACCAAAAGAUCAAAUCCUUUAAGAGCAUCAGAAAAAGACACUUCACAUUCUAAGAAACGAGCCAGUGGCAAAAGAUGUUUAUUCAGCCCAAAUGCAGAAAGAGGCAGAUUCUCCAACACCUGCACUCCUAGUAACCUCCGGUGCUCACCACGCAAUUCUCUGAAUGCUGCUAAUCGGAGUAUUUUAUCCCGGAAAUCUUCAUUUAAUCCUUCUGURCUUUCAACAUCCAAAAUGAAUGUCAGGUUCUCAGAAGCCACAAAAGAUAAUGAGCACAAACGGUCUCUAACCAAGACUCCAUCUAGAAUGUCUCCAUACAUGCAGGAGAUCCACACACCUGAUACUCAAAAGAGCUGCAAACUAACAAGUCGGAAGAACAGUAAGGGAAAUGGAAGAAAUAAUGAUCUGGCUGCAUCAAAGGUUCUCACCCCAUUCAAGUUUGGAGCUCAAUCUGCAGAACCCACAAGUGCAAAGAAGACAUUCGAUCUCAAAGCAAGUCUCUCUCGGCCACUUCGGUAUCAGCCUCAUAAAGGACGACUAAAACCUUGGGGAGAAUUUAAAGAAAAUGCUGUUCCCAGCAAAUCUGGUGGUAGCAAUAGCUCUUCACGUAAGAAAGAUUACAAACAGCCACAUCUCCAAACAAGGGAAGAAAGGCGUGAGACACUUGAGCAAGACCGAAAAAAGAAAAAGGCUCACGCUCUUGGAAAACGUAGAGGACUAUCUGUGCUUUAGGAUGAAUAAGAAGUACCUAAGACAUCACUGUAAAUACUGUUCCUGUCGUGUAAAUGCUUGUGCUGUCUGUGUAUGGUCCAGGUUGCUACUAGCUAGUGGAAUCCAGAGAGCAAUUAAUGAGUCCCUGUAAUGUACCCUGACCUUAAUGUUUCUGUCAUCCCACUGAAAUGAGAGUUCUAACCUUUUAGGAGCUCAGAAGUCUCUUGUUGCUUCAUGUUUUCAUUUAACUAAUUUCCGUAACUAAAAGAUAUUAAAGAAGAAAAUAUAAAUGGAAAGAAAGAUGCUMAAGAAGCCUCCUUGCAACUUAGGAUAGACUUGUGCACCGGAAUGCACUUGUUGUGUGCUAGAAUGCAGGCUUGGGAUAGUAACUUCAAAAUAUUCCACAAUGUUCAAAAUUACAAGAGUUGGAAGUACCUGCCGGUCCUGUUCUCCAUAGCAAUCCUUAAUCCUUUAGCCAUUAUUCAGCAUUUCUAAUUGCAUGUUUAAGAAAUAGUAGUUCAUUCCAAAGAGAAGGAAAAAUAUGCAAGCUCUGUAGAAAACUAAAAGCUUACAGUAUAACAUUAUUGUAAACUACCUUGUUUUAAAAAGUCACAACUGAGACUUUACAAAAAUUACCGACUGAAUGCUUUGGACAGUUAAGGUUUUGUUCCUUUCUAGGGUAAAUUGCAGAUAUUAACAAAAUUCUCUUGCUUUUCAUCUCUAAGAUGCUUAAAAGACGUUAUAGUAGUGUUGAGGCACAUUCAAUACCYUGGAUUUUAAAGCAGUUGUUAUUUUUACAUUUAAAAAAUACAUAGAAAAGUUGUCUGAGUGUAUUAGGGAUAGAACUAGAAACUAAUCCAGCAGUUGUAAUCUCAGAGAAAAUAAAUGUUUCAGUGAAUUUAGUGUCCUAUCAAAUGYGUUGCAAUGUCAAGAACAAGGAAAUUUUUUUAUAAACUUAAUGGGGGAAAUAAAUAUUUUGUAUAUGUUCGGUUCA